GGUGGCCAUGUUUGUAUUACCAGCUGUCUAGAUGCGAGCUAGCUAACCGGUUAGCUGUCUGAGGUACAUUUACCUUUUUAUUGGGGCUGAAAUUACCGAACAGCCCUUCCGCCACGUUAACGCCGGCUUAUCUGGACGUCGCAAUGCCGGUUCACUCCCGGGAGAAGAAAGAAAGCAACCACGAAGAAAUGGAGGUGGAUUUUCCCGAGCAAGACGGCAGCAGCACGGACGAGGAGGACACCGUCAGCUCGUCCGUGUCUGAAGAUGGAGACAGCUCGGAGAUGGAUGAUGAGGACUGUGAGAGGAGGAGGAUGGAGUGCCUGGAUGAGAUGACCACCCUGGAGAAACAGUUCACUGACUUGAAGGAGCAGCUGUACAAGGAGCGUCUGAGCCAGGUGGACAUCAAGCUGCAGGAGGUAAUGGCCGGCUGUGCCCAAGAGUACCUGGAGCCUUUAGCCAACCUGCAGGAGAACAUGCAAAUCAGGACCAAAGUUGCUGGGAUCUACAGGGAGCUGUGCUUGGAGUCAGUGAAGAACAAGUAUGAGUGUGAGAUCCAGGCUGCCUGCCAACACUGGGAGAGUGAGAAGUUGCUGCUGUUUGACACUGUGCAGAGUGAACUGGAGGAGAAGAUAAGACGAUUGGAGGAAGACAGACACAGUAUUGACAUUACCUCAGAGUUGUGGAAUGAUGGAUUGCACUCGCGGAAAAACAAGAAGAAGGACCCAUUCUGCCCUGUCAAGAAGAAGAAGCCUGUUGUUGUUUCCGGGCCUUAUAUCGUCUACAUGCUGCAAGAUCUCGAUAUUCUUGAAGACUGGACAGCUAUAAGAAAGGCGAUGGCAUCACUGGGGCCACACAGGGUGAAGGUGGAUGUCCCUGCAGUCAAGCCCGACAGACAUCACCAUGUGGCCCGCUCCGAGGACGGUCGGCUUUUCUAUGACAACCAGUGGUACUGCAGGGGGCAGGCCAUCUGCAUCAACAGGAAGGACGAGUACCCGACUAGUGCCAUCAUCACCACCGUCAACAACGAUGAGGUGUGGUUCAAACGGCUGGAUGGCACCAAGUCAAAGCUGUACAUCUCCCAGCUGCAGAAAGGCAAAUACACUAUCAAACACUCGUAAAAACACAAUGAAACACACACACACACACACACACACACACACACACACACACACACACACACACACACACACACACACACACACACACACACACACAUAUAGGAAAAGACCAUCAUCUCUGCUGUGUUUCUAUUUGUCUCCUUUCCGUGUGGUAUCUUUCUACAUUCUUGCCAUAUGUACAGUCACACACACACACACACACCUCACUUUACUCCCUCUGCGUAUAAGUAACAAAAAAGAAACAAAUAUCAACUGACGCUUCGAGUCUAAGGAGACGAUCUUCUCUGUAAAUAUGUAUGUAUGUUGAUAUUAUUGACAAGGUCACAAAGUGUCAUUUUCUCUGGAAAGGAGACAAUGCAAAGUGCUGCUAAAAAAUACAGAAGGGCGAAGAACCGGAGCAGUAGCGAACUGUGAACCGCAGAGCUCAGUCGCCGUGCCUUUCUGAGACAAGACGAUGCCUAGGCUAAUGGGGGUAAAAUAAAAAUAAAAAAAACUCCCGAAGUGUGAAUAUCAAUGCAGUGAAGCCUUACUCUGUACUGUGUUAGCACCCAGAGGACUGAAGCGGGUCAGUGAACGAGCGAGUGAGAAACCCUGAUCCAGGUGAGGAUGCCGUCACCAGUGAGUUUCAUUUGCCUCUCCAGAUGCACCCGUUAAAUUUGAAAUUUCAUGCUCCAUAGAGCCUAAUAAUUCUGUAUUAGGAUCCCCUGGGAGCCCAUUUGAGAUAAUGUUUGAUUUAGUAAAAGCAAUUGCACAAGUGUCAAUAUGAAAAUGCAGAAUGAUUAAUCAAUUUUGAGUAAAUGAUUAUAUUAUGAACAUAAUGAGAUGAAACUAUUCUCCAUGAAAACCCCAGGGUUUUGUUGAAACCCACUUGGGGAGCCACUGUACUAAAUGAUUUCUUGAUGUCUUGAUGUUUUAGUGUAAUAUUCACAGCGAUAUUUUAAGUUCAAACCAAGUCCAACCCCAUGCACUAAGCAAAACAUUGAACUGUGUUUAAAAGCAUACAGUAAUCGGAGGUGCCCUGUAUAUAGAGAUGAGUGUAUGUUUUGUGUUUCCUUCACUGUGACUCUUCCCUCUGUCUCCUGUCGUGUUGCCAUGCGUCUGACAGUGCCUACAACUUAUCAUUGAAGGCAGGAUCCAGGCCCACAUUGCCUCCGAUUUUUGUAAUUCAUCGUGCCAUUUUUCAGGUUUUUUUGUCUUUAUUCGGCCCAUGUUGUGUGUGUGCUAUGAAUAUAAUAGCUGAAAGGAUUGGUUAUUAAUUCCUGCAGUGUAAAUGUCACACCUCUGAAAAAUCUAAAAUAUCUCCUGUUUCCCGUCCUCUCUUCUUCCCUGUGCCCCCCCCCUCAACUGUCACUUCUCUCUCCUUAUUCUCUUUUGUCUUCCUCCUUGCUGUCAGUAAAAAUGUUCCUCAACGUUGACGUAUUAACAGUACAAUGAGAAAGCAAGGUUAAAGGAGUAUUUCUGUGUGUGUACAAUCCGUCCAAUCGAACCUUCUUUGUUUUUGUAUAUGACGCUUGAUACAAUGGAGGGGAUGUUGCUGUGUGUUGUAUUUAUGGUUCUUUUAAACAUUGCAUACAUACUUCAAAGUAUUACCUGCCAAUAGUAUUGUAAGGAGAGGUGAUGCAACAUUAUAUCAUGAACAUAAAGUGUCUGUGAAGCCUGAUGUGGCAUUCACUGAGUAGAACUUUAGAAGUUUUGUUUUUAAUUUCUGCUUUGUUUUUAACUUUUUUUAAAUGAAUUUUGGUUCCUUUCUGCAUUAGAGGUAAAAAAAAAAAAGGGAACCUGUCCCGUUGUGCCAAUGCAUGUACAGCUGAUUAAAGAUUUUGUUUGUAUCAUUUGAA